CACACACAAAAAGAAGUUUAAUUCAAUACAACUUCAUAUCAAACUUUUUCAGUCUUUAAGAAGCUGAUACAGCUAUAAUUUAGGGUUGAGUUUAUUCUUUCAAAACAGGUUUCCCACACCUCCUAAAUGCCAACUAUUUAAGUAGAUCAAAACUGCCAUUCCUACUUUUGUGGCUUUUAGAUCUACAGGAGAUUCUCUCUUAACAAUGCAUUAGUGGCAUGCAAAAUAUUCCCCCAUUUUGUUUAGUCUGUGAAACAAAAUUUUUUAAACUGGAAAGAUCUUGUAGUCUUACAGAGAUUACAAUGGAAUUAGUUCUUUUUUUCCCUUUAGGAGGGCAGCCAUUCCUCCACAAGUUACAGCUCGGAUUUCAAAACGUAGACAGAUGUUUUUUAAGCAUCUCAAAAGGGCCAUUCCAUUUUUAUUCUGGGCCAUGGUGAUUCUGAAUUAUUGUGUGUUCCAACCCCGUAAAGGGUUGAACCUCAUCCCUUUGGUGUAAACUUUCAAGAGAAGUGGGACAGCACACUUUAGGAGUUUCCAAAAGUGGCUGGCGACGGGUAAGGCCAGGUCAUUCCGAGAACCMGGGCUGGAUGGGAGAAAACUAACUUGAGGGCAAGAGUGCUCAGCGAUCCCCAAGCACUGAGGCUGCAGGUGUGACUAGUUAAAGGCAUCUGCUGAAAGACUGGGAGAAGAAAAAGAUGGCCACUCUGAAUCAGACCAACUGUAAUACCAAGUCACCAGCAGCCCUGGAGGAGGCCAAGACCUCUGGUGAUUCAGGGAGCCCCCAAACACCCACUAAGUCUCAUGACUGUGGCAGUUCCGUGUCCCUGACACCACGAAAAAAGAGCCAUUCAGAGGAUGAAGAUCUUGCCCAGGCUGCCGGUGGCCUGAGCUGGAACUGUGGUGGACCCCAAACCCAGAGCCCAGGGGGUUGCUCAGUAGAGGCCGUGCUGGGCCGGAAGAAGCACCGGAGGAGGCCAUCCAAGCGCAAGCGGCACUGGAGGCCCUACCUGGAGCUGAGCUGGGCAGAGAAGCAGCAGCGAGAUGAGAGGCAGAGCCAGAGGGCCUCCAGGGUCCGCGAGGAGAUGUUUGCCAAAGGCCAGCCUGUGGCGCCCUACAACACCACCCAGUUUCUCAUGAAUGACCGAGACCCCGAGGAGCCCAACCUUGAAGUGCCACCCUAUGGGGCGUCCCACCCAGGUUCCAGCGGGGACAGUGAGGCAGGGGACAGUGACGGGCAGGGCCAAGAUCAUGGCGAGUUCCAGCAGAGGGACUUCUCUGAGGCCUAUGAGCGCUAUCAUACUGAGAGCCUGCAGGGCCGAAGCAAGCAGGAGCUGGUAAGAGACUACCUGGACCUGGAGCGGAGGCUCACGCAGGCCGAGGAGGAGACUCGGAGGCUGCAGCAGCUGCAGGGGCGCAUGGGCCAGCAGCCCUGUCGCCAGGUGGAGGAGCUGGCCGCCGAGGUAGAGAGGCUCCGCACUGAAAACCAGCGGCUUCGGCAGGAGAAGGAGAUGUGGAACCAAGGGGGCAGCCGCCGCCAUGAGGAGCCAGGCACCUAGGGGUGCUCCCCAGCCAGGUGGACCUUGUCCUGAUUCUCAGCCACUCAGGCCAGCUGGGUCUCAAAGAGACAGGUGGCAAAUGAAAAGCACUCUUGAAAUCACUGUGCCCCCUGAGAACAGCUGAAACAGGUUCAGACUUCCACCUUGUCAUUUCCACAAUUGGUUCUUUGAUGUCAUCUUACUUUUUACAAAAAAAUUAAAUGGUUUUGCUGAGA